AUGCGUGACAGGGUCGUGUCCGAACGAAAACCGUCAAAAAGUUCUAAACGGCUUCGCAACAAAAUCGCUGGUUUCGUCACACAUUUGAUGAAACGUAUUAGACAUGGGCCAGUCCGUGGUAUUUCAUAUAAAUUGCAAGAAGAGGAACGUGAAAGAAAAGACAACUAUGUUCCAGACGUCUCCGCUUUGGCUGUUGAGUCCAUUGAAAUUGACCCCGAUACUCAGGAUUUACUUAAAAAUCUUAAUUUCGAAGCACUUCCCGGAGUAUCGGUUUCCACACCGGUCCCAUUGAAUACGCUAUCUGAUCGUCCUCGUGGACCGAGGCGUACUGACCGUCCGCCGCGUGCGCCUACGGAUAUGUAA